CAGACCUUGAGUUAUAGACAAGCAUCAUCUUGGAUGUUACACCUGCAGAGAGCAGGAGGCUCAGAGGGCUCCAUAAGGAUUUGUCUGGGUAGCGGAGCAACACCAUGGCUCUCUGCAUAGGUUCACAGACUCUUCACUGAGUUAUAUGCCUCUGAAUACUUCAUCCAUUUUAAUUUUAUUUUAUGCAUAGUGCUGUAAGCAGAGAAUGCUUUCACUAGUCCUAUGGAUGGUAUGGGUUUCGUCUGUCUGCUUUCUCCAAGGCAGGCCUGGGUCCUGUAAGGAGAUGAAGCUACCUAGCAGGGUAGGGAAGGCCCCUUCCCCAUCUGAUUUUCUGGAUAAACUUAUGGGAAGGACAUCUGGGUAUGACGCCCGCAUUAGACCCAACUUCAAAGGUCCUCCUGUGAAUGUCACCAUUAACCUCUUCAUCAACAGCUUUGGUUCCAUCACAGAAACCACAAUGGAUUAUCGUCUCAAUGUGUUUCUACGUCAACAAUGGAACGACCCGCGACUGGCCUAUAAGGAGUACCCUGAUGACUCUCUGGACCUGGAUCCUUCCAUGUUGGACUCCAUCUGGAAACCUGACCUUUUCUUUGCCAAUGAAAAGGGGGCAAACUUUCACGAAGUCACCACAGACAACAAACUGCUGCGGAUAUUCCAAAAUGGGAAUGUCCUCUACAGUAUCAGGUUAACUCUGAUCCUGUCCUGCCCCAUGGAUCUGAUGAAUUUCCCCAUGGACAUUCAGACGUGCUCUAUGCAGCUGGAAAGCUUUGGCUACACCAUGAAUGACCUGUGUUUCCAGUGGCUGGACAUUGGUCCUGUCCAGGUGGCAGAUGACCUGAUGCUUCCUCAGUUUGUGUUGAAAGAGGAGAAAGACUUGGGCUACUGCACCAAGCACUACAACACAGGUAAAUUUGCCUGCAUCGAGGUAAAGUUCCACCUGGAGAGACAGAUGGGCUACUACCUGAUCCAGAUGUACAUCCCCAGCCUGCUAACAGUCAUCCUCUCCUGGGUCUCCUUCUGGAUCAACAUGGACGCCGCCCCGGCUAGAGUGGGCCUUGGUAUCACCACAGUGCUCACCAUGACAACCCAAAGCUCUGGGUCCAGGGCAUCCCUGCCUAAGGUGUCUUAUGUGAAGGCCAUCGAUAUCUGGAUGGCUGUGUGUCUUCUUUUUGUGUUCGCUGCACUGCUGGAGUAUGCAGCAGUAAACUUUGUUUCACGGCAGCACAGAGAGUUCUUCAGACUGAGGAAAAGGAUCAAAGAACAACAGCGGCAGAGAACUAGAAGUGGAAGUGGGGAGAGCAGCCAAGUGAAAGGUAACGUGCCAGGCAACAACUCUUCCCAGGGGACCCUGCCUGGCCCACAGCAGUGCAGUGUCUGUGCCAGGGAGCAGGAGCUGGCGGAGCAGAGCCAGGCCUAUUUUCUCCAUAGUUAUGGAGUAGCAGGCGAUGCACCACCAGAGAUGGACGCCCCAAUCUUUCAGGCCUUACCUCCAGGGUUCCCACUGUAUGACAUCCGCAGGCAGUUUGUAGAUCGGGCAAAAAGGAUCGAUACCAUAUCCAGGGCUGUGUUCCCACUGAGUUUCCUCUGCUUCAAUGUUUUCUAUUGGCUCACCUACAAAGUGCUGCGGAAUGAAGCCAUCCGAGCUACUCUUUGACAAAUCAACAUCUGAGGACUGAAUUACAGCACUAAAAACCAAUACAGAGUUGAACCUAGUCUUCCACAGAACACUUUUACAGACGAUGUCAAAUCCAUCCGCUGUGCCAAUGGAAAAAUUAUUGUUUGACUGCAUGUCCAGUUCCAUUAAUUUUUUUGAUUAAACUAAGCAAACCUGAUGUCAUCCAAGUGUCAUCCUUAAAGGGGCAAUCUGCAGUUGAUACAAUAACAAAAGCCCACCCCGCCACUGAUUUGGAAAACAGCCGAGGGAUGGGGCUGGAGAAAUGUAACCACUCAAAUGUAUAGACCGCUAUGGAUGCAAUUACUGACCCUCCAUGAUAUCAAACUUAAGUUAACCAUGUUUUUAGGCUAGUGUUUGCUAUUCAAGAAUCUAAUGGGUAGAUAUAAAUUAAGUCCAAAAAUGGAUGUACCAAAAGCACAUUGCCCCUUUAACAAUUACUAAUUAGCACAUAUUGUAGACC